CACACAAGCCUGAAGGAAAACAUACUGACCACCUCUCUCCCCCCCUUUUCAACUAUUAAGAGCACGCAGAAGGUGCACUGACCUCCAUCCUCAUGCUUUGUUGAAUGUGUUUACUUAAAACAGACCCUCACUUGUGCAGCGUGUGACUGAUGGACUCCAUGUCGUAGCUGGAGGGAUCCAGAUUGGAAGAGUUUGUCAGUGUCAGGAUUUACGAUCUGUGUGUCCAAGCAGCAGCAUCUGCACAAAAUGACAAGUUUACGGAGGUGGAGGCCAGGACGGUGUACCAAAACUGCAGAGAGACUGUUGUGUGCUCAUGCUCUGAAGCCCCUGGUUCCCGCCCUCUGCCUGGUUGCCGUGGUGAUAUAUAUCCUGGCUGACAACCUCCGAAACUUUGUGGCCAGCAUCUUCAUCCCCCAGUACCAUUAUCCGUUUGCUGUGGCUCUUUGCUUUGCCCAGGUUCUGAUCUCCUUGUUAAUCCUAAAUCUGCUCCACGUCCUGCAUCUGUUGCCUGUGAAACAUUACUCUUGGUCCCUGGGUGAGAGGCUGCUGGUUCCUUCUCUGUGCACCAGCAUCCACGCCGUGCUCGCUCUGUGGGUCCGGGCCAGCAGCUCGUACAGUGGCCUCUUCGCUCUCGCUCAGCCUCUGCUGCCGCUGUCAACUGUCGGCUUUAGUUUUGUCCUGAAGCUGUCAUCGCUGCCGUCUAUUCACAGCUCUGUCCUGAUCUCCAUCCUGAGUGGGACAUCUGUUGUCAUCACAGUUUCCAAUGGUCUCUCAGUUGUUGAACCUCUGGAGUACAUGUAUGCACCUCUGGCUUUACUCCUCCACAGUCUCUCUCUGAGCUGGCUGGCUAAAGUAUCUGAGGCUGAGUGCCUCCACCCCUCUGAUGCUCAGCUGUCCAUUUUUGACAUCUACCACACACAGCUGGUCAAUCAGAGCUGGGUGCUGGGCGUCCUGUGGCUGCUGCACCCGGACAGUCCGUGGAAGGUGUUGAGUGUGGGGAGCUGGACCAGCCUUCUCUUCCAUGGAUACCUGCUCGCUCUUCUGCUGCUGGGGAUGACGCUGAACCUCCUGGUUUUUCUAUUCACCCUGUGUUUCUCGCCACUCUGCGCCGCGAUGCUCCACUCAGCAGGGCAGACGGUUCAGCCGCUCCUCUCGCUUCUGUAGUGGCACUUCAAAAACACACAUUCAUACAUGUGUUUACCGAAUUUUGUGAACACAAACCCUCUAACAAGUCUGGAUGGAGUUUGUUUGGACUAAAUUCUGGUGGUCAAAAGUCAAUGGUCUGUAUUUAUAUAGCACCUUCCUAGUGAUGACCACUCAAGAUGUUUGAGUCAUACAGUUUUUAUGUAACACAUACUCAUUCACAACCUGCUGAUCAGCCAUCAGGAGUAAUUAAGGAAUCUUGCCUGGACACACAUAGACUAGAAGACCUGAGGAUCGAACCCUAACCUUCCAGCUUCAAGGCGACCCGCUCUGCCGCUGAUCCAUACUCGUCAAGCUCACCGUGACUGCAGAAAUAUAUUGCCUCCGAAAGCCAUGAGGGAAUCCUUUCAGAUAUGAUGCAUUUAUACUCAUGGAUGAACUGAUUUGAUUUUAGGGGUCAAAGGUCAAGGUUCACUGUGACUACAGAAAUCCAGUCUUAGGAAUGCCAUGAGGGAAACCUUUCAAAUUUAGCACAAACGUUGAUUUGGACUGAAGGACGAACUGAAUUGACUUUGAUGGUCAAAGGUCAACGUCAACAUCGUGUCACAAAACUGUUUUUCGGUUCUUUUGAAUGUUUAGGUUAUUUAUAAGUCAUCAUGUACUGUGUGGAGUAAGUUGUGUAGACUGAAACAGUUGGCCAGCAGUGAUAAAGUCUCGUAUUCUGUGAUGAAUAAUUACUUUUUUUUUUUUUUUUACAGUGUCAUGACCUGUUUUCUGUUAGGAAAAAAACUAAGGGUGUCAUUAUGCUCUAAUUGUUUAUAGCCAAAUAAACGAAUGAAGUAAAUGAA